AUGGUUAAAAUAGCGCUUCAAAUCAAAGCAUCACUUGAAUGUAUCGAGAAAUUGUAUACCAAUCAUCCAUACUACCAGUGGUUUUUAAAACUAAAAUGUUGUAGUUGCGGUGAGGAAUCAGACAAGUUUCACGAUCUUACUGAAGCCGAGAAAGUUCCACAAAAACAUAAUAGAUCAGAGACUAACUUGCUUAUCAAGUGCAAAUUGUGUUCCAGAGAAAAUAGUAUUGAUGUCAUUGAAGGGAGCAAUGGUAUAUUAACCAGUGAAGAUGAAAAUAAAUUCAAGACAAUAGUUAUAUUUGACUGUAGAGGAGUAGAACUUGUAGAUUUUCAACCAAAAUCUGGCUGGAUUGCUGAAGCAGAGGAUAAUGGUAAGAAGUUUGAAGAAGUAGAUUUAUCAGAAAAGGAGUGGGCAGAAUAUGAUGAAAAGAAUCAAAACUCAGUGGGUGUGUAUGAGCUUGAAUGGAAUUUUGUAAAAGUUAAGUAA